UAUUAAAAAUUUAGUUUACUUUAAGUAAAGCUCAAAAUACGGAAUUAUAUAUCUGUUAAUAUAAACGAAGAUAUUGGCAUUAGGUAAAUAUGUCUUACUGUAUAUUCAGAAAUACUACUCUGAAAUCAAUGCAGAUAUACAUACAUUAAAUAAACGAUUAUGUCCCCACUGCUACUCCUGCAAUAUCCUAAAAACAUCAAUGAUUAUAAUAAAAAUUCAAUUAAGAGCGUUAUGCUGCUUGAACAUAAUAAUUCGUAUAUAAUCGAUCGUAUCCAAAGUAAUCAUAAUAAGCAAAAACUACAAGAAGGUAAAUACACAUUUAAAACCAUAAAAAUGACAACACCUUCUACAACGACAACAAAUUAUAAAAUCAAUAACGAAACAGCCAACACAAACGAGGCAGCCAAUUUGUACACGCAACAGGAACAAGAGCACCAUCAUCUAAUACAACAACACCAACAGCAGCAGCAACAACAACAACAACAGCAACAUUUACUACAAAUGCAGCAACAUUUAAUGCAACAAAAUAUAAUGACAACAUCUCCUUUGCAACAUUUAAAUAAUAUUUUCGGUUUAAAUUUAAACAAUGCCCCGACAGCCAGCACCAUGCCACUGGCUGCAUCACCCAUAUUUCAUGCCAAUAAUUUACAACAUUUAUUGGUGGGGGUAACUCCCCAACAACAACAACAAUUUCAACAAAUAUAUCAAGAAUUUUAUGGCAACAUGUUGCCGCAGCAUCAACACUAUCAACAUGAGCAACAGAUUCUAAGAGAUUUAAUACAAGCCACCAAUAUGGAAACAACAACAAAUACCAAUAUGGAAACACAUUCACCUCUAGUUGCCACUGGUGCAGUUAGUUCGGGUAUGCUAAAAUCGGAAACAUGCAACAAAAAUACAUUGCCUGUACACACACCAGCAACAGCGGCCUUAACAAACUGCACCACCACAACACUGUCGCCAUUGGAGACGUUUGUUGUUAAUACAGUUGGUCUGAAUCAUCGCCAUCAUCAUCUGCAACAGCGUCAUCAUAAUGAUGAUGGUAAUAUGGCUUCAUUAGAGCGACAACAUAAUGAGACUGCACACGCUAACCAAAAACAACAACAACAACCACACUAUAAACAAAGCAAUAACAAAUUGCUAAAAUCACAGACCACCUUAACAUCAACUUUGGCUUCAAUUGUUACAGCAACAACAAAAUCACAAAUUACAGCAAAUGCUGUUACUGCUGUUGAUCUACUGGAAGCUGACAUUAAAACUAGUGUUGGUAACUUAUCAAUGACAUCUUUGACACCUGUUAAUACAACAGCAACAAUAACGACGGCUGCUACAACAUCAUCGUCAUCAUCAUCAUCGCCGUUGUCUUCAACGUUAUUGUUGUCUGCAACAAAUAGCUUAGAAAACAACACGAAAAUCAACCUUAGCACUUCCGCCACACUGCCCUCAGUCAAUACGUUUGAAUUUUUACCCGAAUUAUUUAAAAAUCAAAUAGAACAAUGUGUCAACAAAAGAAAAUCGUCACCCACUAAUUGUGCACUUGCAACGAAAACUGAUACAACAAACGUUGCAAGCACGCAAAAUUCAACAUUAUUAGCAAAUUUUGUUGAACAAGGAAAUUUUGCAAAGAACUACAUGGAUGAUGAUAAUGAGGAGGACAAUAAAGCCAAAGAUGAUGUUGACACAAAUUUACGCGAUGUCAGCAAAAGAAGAUACAAUGCAGCCAACAAUGUUGAUGAUGGUGGUGGAUGUAGUGUUAGUGGCAACAGUAGUAAAUCUAGUGGCAACAAACAAAAAUCAGUAACGAAUGUAAAAAUUUCUUUGGAAAAUUACAACUCAAAUAGUGAAAAUUUUAUUGAUGAUGCUGAUGAGCAGCCCAACAAUGAUUGCUUAACUAUGCAAGCAAAUGAAGCAAGAGGAUCAAAGUUUAAUUUUCCUCCACCCAUGAAAACAUCAAACACAGGAACAACAACAAUGACAACAAAGGAACAAGGUAUGUCCUCGAAUUUGAAAAAUGUUGAAGAACUUUUAGCAAAUAAUAUCAAACAACAAAAACAACAAACUAUGGCUGUUGUUGGUUCUUUAAAAGUACGUGAUGAAUUUUUUGAAUUAAAAAACCAAAGUAACACAAAUUUAAGUCCUAAUGCUGCCAUUGCUGCUUAUGACAUACAAAUACGUGGAGACCCUCAACAACAACAACAACAACAUCAUCAUCAUGAUGAUGAAGGUGAGCAUCCUCCUGCUAUUAAAAAUAGCAAAUGUCCCCGUAGUCGCAGUUCAAGUAAUAGUUCAAACGCAUCCACCAAUUCAAACAAUUCAAUUGUUCAUAAUGUGGGUGGCGAUGGCGGCGGCGUUGUCAAGAAGACAAAAUUCUCCUCAUCAUCAGAUAAUGAAAAGUAUUUGGAAAAUGAAAAACUUUGUAAAAUUAAGGAUAUCAGCCGUUUAUCCCGAUCUCCAUCACCCAUGCAAUCAAAUGCUUCCGAUUGUGAUGACAAUAAUUCCAGUGUUGGCAAUUCCAGUGAUCGCUGUCGCUCUCCCGAAAGUCCUGCCAUGGGUCUAACACAUCCUCCUUUGAAAAGAAGACAAUUAGCAGCUUUACAUAGCAAUCCCUUGCAUUCUUUGCAUCAGCACUAUCCACACGCCUCACCACCACCCUCCACGCCACAAGCUGCCCAUUCGCCCAAACUAAUGAAACAUCACAAAUCAAUAGCGGACGAAGAGCAGGAGGAGGAAGAAGGCGCUUUAAAUUUAACUAGUGAAAAUUCCCGUCACUCCUCACAAUCUCCCUCAUUAUCGGUGAAAUCGGUUAAACCCAGCUCGAGCUCACCCUCAAGUCAGCAACAGCAAACGUUACAUCAAUUGCCACAACAGUCCGCAACAUUACCUGUACCCUCUUUAAGCAACAGUCCCCUGCCAGUAUUAGCUCCUGUUUUAGCUUCACCACAAGCCCAGCUGGCCGCAGCAGCUGGUUUAGGUUUGGGUAAUCCCUUAAUGGCUCAAGCAGCUUUGGGUACUCCCUUGUCAUCACACGACUUUUCACAAUUCCAACAGGCUUUGCAGCAGCAGCAACAUUCUCUGCAACAACAAUUUCAAAAUUAUUUAGACAUUUUACGCAGCGGUUCCUUAAACUUGGGUCCCUCAGAUGAUCCAACUGUAGCAGCACAAAUGGCUACUGCGCAAUUCCUACUACAAAGACAAGCUUUGUCCCAAGCCGCCCAACAGUUGCAAGCUUUACAAAAACAACAGGAACUACAACAAGAUCGCAGCGAAGCAUCAGUCUCUACAUCCCAUGAACCUCUACAAUUGAAAAAUCAUCAUCAGCAUCAUCACACUUCAACACCCACUCACCACCGCAGUCCUCUGCACAGUCCAGCCACUUCACCCCUGCCCUCUAUCUAUGCCUCCAGUCAUAUGUCACACAAUUCUCAUCAGACACCACCUCCCUCCAAUAGUUCGGGUUCCAUUAAGGUGAGCGGCCUAUUAACACCUAAUACACCCAGUGCUGGUGGUGGACCACAAACUCCUCAAAUGCCCAAGAAUUUAGCUAAUGCUCCUAGAGCACCAGAACCCUCCCCCGAAGAAACAACCGAUUUAGAGGAAUUGGAACAAUUUGCCAAAACCUUUAAGCAGAGACGCAUUAAGUUGGGUUUUACACAAGGCGAUGUGGGUCUGGCCAUGGGUAAAUUGUAUGGCAAUGAUUUUUCACAAACCACCAUAUCACGUUUUGAAGCUUUGAAUCUAAGCUUUAAGAAUAUGUGCAAGUUGAAGCCGUUACUGCAGAAAUGGUUGGAUGAUGCGGAUCGUACAAUACAAGCCACGGGAGGUAUCUUUGAUCCCGCCGCCCUGCAGACCACCGUUACCACACCCGAAAUCAUGGGUAGACGUCGCAAGAAGAGAACCUCCAUUGAAACUUCUAUAAGAGGAGCUCUGGAGAAAUCGUUUAUGUUAAAUCAAAAACCUACUAGUGAAGAAAUCAGCCAAUUGGCCGAUCGUUUAUGCAUGGAAAAAGAAGUUGUGAGAGUAUGGUUCUGUAACCGUCGUCAAAAAGAGAAACGCAUUAAUCCCUCUCUAGAUAGUCCCGAUAAUGGUGAUGAAUCACCCUAUAUGAUGAUGUAAAAGCCAAACAAAACAAUAACGGGCAAAGAGGCAAUCGAAUUUUAAAUUUUUUUUGUAUAUAAAAAUCGUUUUAAGCAACAAAUGACAAAAACAGGAAAGAAAUAUAAUUUUUUUGAAAUAAUUUAAGCGGUAUUUAAAGGAAAGAAUUAGAAGAAAGAAAAGAUUUUAUUUAUUUCUUUUUCUUUGCAGAUUUUUUUAAAAUUUUAAAAUCUUUGAAGGAAGUUUUAAAUGUGAACAUUAUUUUAUAAUAAUACUUGAAAUUUUUAAUUAAAUGUCUUAGAAAUUUUAGUUAAAAAACACAUAAACACACACAUUUGAGUAUUAAAAUCGAAUUGUAAUGUAAGUAAAAAAUUAAAUUAAUUUCAAAUAGUUUAAUGAAAUACAAAAACAAAACAAAACUACUUAAUUGUUUUAUGGUUCAGCAAUUUUAAUAUCAUUAUAACUACAAAAAUACAUUUAAAAAAAAAAAAAAAUUAAAAUGAAUUUAAUUAUUUAAAGAAUUUAUUUAAGUAAUAUAUCUUUUACUUUUAAAAAUAUCCUCGUAAAUUUUUUUAAAAAAGUAAAAUAGUCAUUUAAUUUUUUUAAUUUAAAGGAAAAUUUUGAAAAUUUAUUGUUUGGGAGAGAAAAUGUUUUUAAAUUUUUAAAAUUACAAACAUAUGUGAAAAAAUUAAAACAAAUAAUUCUGAAAUUUAAUUCACCAUUUUUUGUGUAGAUCACUUUAUCUGGGUUUUAAAUGAAAAUGGGUUUAAGUGUUUUACGAGAUAAUUGGAUCAGUUUGUUUGAUCACUUUUUGAGUAUUUCCAGAUUGAAAACAUUGUUGAACAUUCCAUUUUUAAAUGUAAAUUUCCUUCAAAUUUUAUCAAUACAACAUACAGGUCUGUCACACAUUCCGAUCGAAAUGGUUUCAAUUCCGUAUUAUUAUUCCGAUCAUUUUUGUUUUAGCUUCUCCAAAUUCCGAAUUAUUUCGUAAAUUGACAAAAAAUGAAUAAAAUUAUAUAGAUUUCAUUUAAAAUUGUUCUUGUUUAGCUAAUCAAAACAAGAACCAUGUUUUUAGUAAAGGUUCUUAUUAUUAAAACUAAGAAAAGCGUUAAUUACAUACAAAUAUCAAUUCCACUUCAAAAACUGAAAGUGGUUUCAUUCCGAAAGAAUUUUUCGUUUUCUUUUUUAGAAGAAGCAAAAAUACGGAAAUAAUUCCACUUGCGAUCGGAAUGAAAUUCUGUGACAGGCCUGAUAAUGAUAAAAUUUCUAUAGAAAUUUUUAACAUUUAAAAUUACAAAUAUCUACAUUUUUAUAAAAAUUUACUACGUCUUUAGUCUAAAUGAAAACCUAAAAAGUUAUCGGUUAAAGAUAAGAAGAAAAGUAAAUUUUUUAAAAACGUGCUGAAAAUGUACCAAAAAAUGGGGUACUUUUCGAUACCUUUUUAACGAUGUAUUAAUAAAGAGAUUUGAUUCAAAGCAUAAUUUAGAAAUAUUUAAAAAUUUGCGACAAACUUUAGUUUUCAAAAAUAUGGAUUACAUUGCCUUCUAAUAUUAUCUUCCUAUAUCUAAAUAUAUAUUUUUAGAUAAUAUUACUACAGAAAUGUUAAUUCAUACAGAUUUGAAAAUUUCCCAAUAUAAGUUAAAAUAACUUUAACUAAAAUUUUAAUUCCAAAAAAAAAAAAUUAAUGUGAAUUAUUUUUACAUUUAAUUAAACUCAAAUAUUUUGAAUAAUAAUAUUUGAAUUCACAUAUAAUAUUAAAAUUUUUAUAUAAUUUUAUAUACUUUCCUCUCAAAUUAAAUUUUACGAAUAUUUUAUCGAUUUUUCUUCAAAUAUGAAUUUUAUAAUAUUUUUCAUUUCUCAUUCAACAAUUGUAAAACAAAAUCUUAUUUUUGUUAGUCUCUCACUUAAAGAAUUGAAAUUUUACUAAAAUCAUUUUAUUCCU